AUGGCUUACCAAACCGAAGAAGAAGGCUCAAUUGGUACCUCCAUGCAUGGAGUCACGGCGAGGGAACAAGUCUUCUCCUUCUCUGUCCAAGGCAAAGAUGUACCUUCAUCUCACACCGUCCAGUCCAAUGAUCAAACGGCUAAGUUUGCAUUGCCGGUUGACUCAGAACAUAGAGCAAAAGUGUUCAAACCAUUCUCGUUCGCCAAACCACACAUGAGAGCUUUCCACUUAGGAUGGAUCUCUUUCUUCACUUGCUUCAUCUCCACGUUUGCGGCUGCACCUCUCGUUCCCAUCAUCAGAGAUAAUCUUGAUUUGACCAAGAAUGAUAUUGGAAACGCUGGAGUCGCCUCGGUUUCUGGAGCCAUUUUCUCUAGGCUCGCUAUGGGAGCUGUUUGUGACUUGCUCGGUGCUAGGUACGGGACGGCGUUUUUGCUGAUGCUAUCAGCUCCAACAGUGUUCAGUAUGUCCUUUGUGUCUGACGCUGGUGGCUACUUAGCUGUCCGGUUCAUGAUUGGUUUUUGUCUAGCCACGUUCGUGUCUUGUCAAUACUGGACAAGCGUCAUGUUCAAUGGCAAGAUCAUCGGACUUGUCAACGGAUGUGCCGGAGGGUGGGGAGACAUGGGAGGAGGCGUGACUCAGCUACUCAUGCCUAUGGUCUUCAACGUCAUCAAACUCGCCGGAGCUAGUCCUUUCAUGGCGUGGAGGAUCGCUUUCUUCGUCCCCGGGUUUCUACAGGUGAUUAUGGGCAUUCUUGUGCUCACUCUUGGACAAGAUCUUCCUGAUGGAAACCUAAGUACUCUACAGAAGAAAGGAGAUGUUUCCAAAGACAAGUUCUCCAAGGUGUUUUGGUAUGCUGUGAUGAACUACAGAACAUAUGUCUUGUUCCUUCUCUAUGGAUUUUCCAUGGGAAUCGAAAUGACAAUUAACAAUGUUAUCUCAGAGUACUUCUACGACAGGUUUCAACUGCAACUCCACACAGCUGGUAUGAUAGCAGCCAGCUUUGGUAUGGCUAACUUCUUUGCUCGUCCUCUUGGUGGCUAUGCAUCUGACAUGUCAGCUCGAUAUUUCGGCAUGAGAGGGCGUUUAUGGACCCUUUGGAUCUUACAAACUUCUGGUGGUCUAUUCUGUGUUUGGCUCGGCCGUGCUACUUCACUUCCUAUAGCUAUUUUAGCCAUGAUGCUCUUCUCAGUCGGCGUGCAAGCUGCUUGUGGGGCAAUCUUCGGCAUUGUUCCUUUCGUCUCGCGUCGCUCUCUAGGGCUAAUAUCAGGACUGACCGGCGCAGGAGGAAAUUUCGGAUCGGGACUAACUCAGCUAGUUUUUUUCUCUUCAUCAAGAUUCCACACUGCCGAUGGCUUGUCGCUAAUGGGAAUCAUGGCGACGAUUUUUACGCUUUUGGUCGCGUUUAUACAUUUUCCUCAAUGGGGAAGUAUGUUUUUUGGACCAACAAGUGAUGAGAAGAAAGCAAAGGAAGAGCAUUAUUACGCAGCUGAGUGGACUGAGGAAGAGAAGCGGCAAGGAUUGCAUGAAGGUAGCCUUAAAUUCGCAGAGAAUAGUCGGUCGGAAAGAGGAAAAAGAGCAGCUUCCGACGGUGCCUCUUCGCCGGAAAAUGAAAAUCAGGCUCAUGUUUAG